AUGUCAACAUACAAACCGAAAAACAUCUUGAUCACCGGCGCCGCCGGUUUCAUCGGGUCCCACGUCUCCAACUACCUGACGUCCAAACACCCCGAGUACCGCAUCCUCGUCCUCGACAAGCUCGACUACUGCUCGAACCUCCGUAACCUCGACCCUUCCCGUUCCCGGCCAAACUUCAAGUUCGUCAAGGGAGACCUCUGCAGCGCUGACCUCAUCAACCACUUGCUCGCCACCGAAUCCAUCGACACCGUUUUGCACUUCGCUGCCCAAACACACGUCGACAACUCGUUCGGCAACAGCUUCGAGUUUGUGCGAAACAACGUCUACGCCACGUGCGUCCUUCUCGAAGCCUGCAAGGCCUCGGGCCGCGUUUCGAGGUUCGUACACGUCAGCACGGACGAGGUGUACGGCGAGACGGACGAGGCCCACGAGGCGUCCCGACUCCUCCCGACGAACCCUUACUCGGCCUCCAAAGCCGGGGCAGAGAUGCUCGUCAUGGCCUACGGCCGCUCGUAUGGUCUUCCUGUCGUGAUCACGCGUGGGAACAACGUUUACGGGCCCCACCAGUUCCCCGAGAAGCUCGUCCCCAAAUUCAUCCUCCUAGCGAUGGCGGGUCGGUCCCUACCGGUCCACGGGGACGGGUCGAACGUGCGGAGCUACCUGUACUGCGAUGAUGUGGCGGAAGCUUUCGACACGAUAGUCCACAGGGGGGAGGUGGGACAGGUGUACAACAUAGGGACGAGCGAGGAGAAGAGCGUGGCUGACGUGGCGAAGGAUGUGUGCCGGAUGUUUGGUUUGGAGGCUUCGGGAGCGGUGAAGUUCGUGGAGAACCGGCCGUUUAACGACCAGAGGUAUUUCUUGGACUCGAGGAAGCUCAAGGACUUGGGGUGGGUCGAGAAAACGAGGUGGGAAGAUGGGUUGAGGACGACUAUGGAGUGGUACGUGAAGAAUCCCGACUGGUGGGGGGAUGUUUCGGCAGCGUUGGUUGCCCAUCCGAGGAUGCUUUCUUUUCCCGAGAGGGUUCGUGGGGAAAAUUGCGACGAGCAGGGGCAAAGGGGGAAAGUGAACGAGUGCAAAAGAAGCCGGCUUUGA